AUGGUCGUUAAGGAGCAUCUUCAUAGAUCACCAGGAAAAUGUGAUGAGGUAGGAACUCCUUUUAAUGGGGAGAAAAGGGUACCUGGGAGCAGGAUCAAGACUGAAAAGUCUCCCAAUAGGCUAUCACCGAAGAAUCAGGUACCUCCAAGGAGUCCAAUUAUGACGAUACCACCGGGCCUUGUGAGAAGCCAUUCAUACAAAGGUUUAUCCAGUGUGAGUCCGACGAAUACUUUGGCCAUCAAUACGAAUCUUAAGGUGCUACAGCAGAGUCCGCAGCAGUUAGGGCAACAGUUACGGCCCCAUUUUUCUCACCAACAUUUUUCGCCACUGUCUGCAGAUUCUUCCUCAUCGUCAAGCCGCAAGGCAAGUGUUUCAGCGUUUUCUGCUUCGAAAACAGUUUCUCCGACGUCAAAACCAAGGUCUAAUUCUGUAAGCAGUAACUUCAAAAUAACAUCAGAUUCGUUGCAUAAUGCUCAUACACCAACAUUGGUACUGCCACCUAACCUUGCGUCUUUGAAUUCUCAGUCGACUCUCUCGAUGACGCAUAUGGGCAGUAAUCCAGUGUUGAAUACAGCUGCAAUGAAUGGGAGUGGUAGUGUGAUUAUCACAAAUGUUACUGAAGCCUCUUCAAACUCCUCCAAGUCAGCAAAUAAUAGUGCGACUAGCUCGCUGCGUUCUAGCUACAAGCCCAUCAAGCGACAGUAUAUUCUCAAUGAGCAGCUAUAUCUCGCAAGAAUGAAAAACAGCCAUUUAGAUGAAUACUACACUAGAGGAAUUGCACCAGCUAUAAAUGAAGAUGAAGAUGAAGAUACAGAUCUUGAUAUCGAUAAUGAUGACAUAGAAUUCAAUUCCAAUUCGUUGAAUGGUAAUGAGAGAAAGUAUAUCCAGCCAUAUGAAAACGAAUUAUUCACAAUGAGCACGAAACAUCUGACAGAAAAGAUGGGCUGGUUACGAGAAUCUGAUCCCGAUAAUCCCGAUAUUGAAUCUGUCAUAAAAUUUCUAGAGAACAAUUGCACACAAAGGAAUCCCGCCCCUGCGCAAGAUCCACAAUUUUGCAGACAGGAAUCUGAACUGAUUGUAAAUAAACUAUCGAAAAACCCAUUAGUGCAGGAGAGGUUAGAGUGGCAAACCAUGCUGUCAAAUGUAUUGCGAGGCGAUAUAGUCAAGUCGGAAAAGACCAAGUUGGCGAAACAGAGGAUGACAAAUGAAUCUACUAGGCAAUGUAGUGAUGAUAUCUGGUUGGAACUUAAGUCUUGGCUAUGCGGUAGAACAAUAGAGGAACAGCGUACUUGGUUUCAAUAUUUGCGUGCAUCUACAGAUGAAGUAUUUCAAAAGAUUUUAGAUUUCAGGCUGGAAGACGAUACGGAUACCAAAACUGCGUUUGAUAAUAUUGAACAACUUUUAGGGGCAUAUUACAAAGUCGUUCCAUACUGGAAACACCGGCAACAGAUGCACCAAGAAAAGCCAAUAACAAACACUGAUGAAUUCAACUUUCGCCUAGAAACCAUGAAUUCUUAUGUGGUUUUAUAUACUGCGUUCAACACAGAAAUUGCUGCUUUGAAACGGUGGAUCGGUAAUGAUGAUUUGGAUAUCAAAGUUGCAUGCAAUACAACAGGCUUUGAAGGAGUAUACAAAAAUGAUAGAUCAUUUGCUGAGCAAAUACUGAAAGAAAAAGAUAUCGAAAACAUCUUUCAAAGAAAAAUAUUUUAUCGACAUGCUCCUUGGAUCUUAAAGGCCAAGUGUAUGCAUAUUGAAUAUGCUAAAAAUGUAGUGGCAAUGAAUCUCCCUUCUCUCCAAGAACUAUUGACCACCCUAUUAACCUUUCCGCUCAAGUUGAUUAAAGAAAUUAUCCAUAUUAGGAUAAAUUACGCUAAAAAAUUAAAACAACCAACGAUGAUGAUGAUUGAUCAGAUGAUUGAUGAUUUUAGAGUUUAUAUUAAACUUGCAGUCCAGAUUAAAUACACUGUGAGUCUCUACUGCAACAAUCACAUCAUUGAAAGCAGUAGUAUUAUAGACAGUGGUUUUGAUAAAACUGUAAAUGAAGCUAUAAGAUAUUUCUUCAGGUUAUUAAAUCUUAAAUUAGUUGAUUCUUCCAAGAAAUCUUUUAAAACUUUCAAGGAACCCGAAGUUUUAUUCGUUCAUUGGGAGGAUUUAAAAAAUGUUGGAUGCUAUAUUGACGGUGCUAAUGAAGUUGUAUCAGUAGGCUUCGUCAACUUAACCCUAAGGUUACUUAAUAGACUACACUCCUACGUUUUAACAGAACAUAAUGACAUAACAAAGCUGAAUACGAAAGCCGAGUGUGAAAAGUGGAUAGCUGUUGCCCUGGAGCAUAUCGGUUCUUUUAAAAGAAAGAUGAAUAGAUUUUCUAAUGUACUAACAAAGGCAUUGAAGAAUUCGGCGAACUAUCGCAUUAAUGACAGUGAAAUGUUAUUUAAAAACUUAAAGGAGUCAGGUCACUUCUUGAUUUACACUGGGGGGCAUUUAGAAGAUGAUAGUGUUUAUUUAUUUGGAAGUCCCGAGUUAUUGGGAUAUUCUGGUGAAAGUAUUCUACACAUCUUAAAUGGAACGGAAGUCGGUUCCGAUCUGAUUCCAAGGGUCUCAAUUAAAAAUAGUUUAUCUGUCUAUACUGCUGUUGAACAAGGGAUUAGCUCAGAUAUGAUGCUUGUGCAAGAAUAUAGACCCGAUGGUGUUUCAUUCUACCAUAUACAAUCUGAUAAUCCUAGAAAGCUUUAUCUGCGAAACCGUAACAGAUCACCAAAUGCGUAUGAUACGGAUGAAGAAGAGGGUGAACUUUACGAACUGGAACUUAAAUUGAAAUCUUUAGGUUAUUUACUAGCUAUUUGCCCUGGCGAAGCGGUACUGUGGGAGGGGGAAAUGUACAACCUCUCUUCUGAAAAGGAAUUAACUAAAGAUGACUUUCACAUAAAUGUUGCACCAAAUACACUGACGUUGUUUAACCAGGGUUCUACCUAUUCCAUGGAUUAUCUAUGUGAUCGAUUUGAGCAUUCUGCUAGCGAUUCUGUAAUGUUUGUUGAUAGACGUUGCUCCAUUCGAUAUGCCGAUGCCACUUUACAAAAGAUUAAUAAAGCAUACUUCCGCAUUACUUAUCACACUUUGUUAAAUUACUGUAAAGUGGUGGAUUCUAUUAAAUCUAAAUUCCGCGGGAUAGACUCACUGAACAGUGUGUUCAUUUUUUGUAGAGAUUUUGCAAGAAAUUUCUUGAGGUCAAAUGUUGCGCCAUAUGAAAAGAAAUCUAUUAUUAUUAUGAUGUUGUUGAAAAUUAGUAUACAAUGGUUGACAUUCUUAGUUGAUGAUUGCGAUCCAAAUGAUGCGAAGACUUUCAGGUGGUGUGUUCCAGCUGUAGAAUUUGCCAUGCAAAUGACUAGUGGUUGGAACAUUUUGGGAAUUAAUAAAGAGCAAUUUAAAAAUCUUAAGGACAAAAUCUCUAGUUGUAUGGCGUUACUAAUUUCGCAUUUUGAUAUUAUGGGUGUCAGGUCAUGGGAAGCUGAAAAGACUGUGCUACCGCAAAUGCGACCAAAUAUAGAUAUUGAAGUGGCUGACGAAGAUGUUGUUAGUGAAUUUAAUUCAAAGAUGAGGUUAGAGGCUAUUAAAGAAUUAGAAGGGAGGAUCACUAAACGUCGCCCGAUUGGUAAAGUGUUGGAUGCCACCGAUAAAGAAAACCAAUAUUUACUAUCACUAGCUUCAUCUCUUUACAAUGUAUCCAUUAGAUGGCAAAAGCGCAGUUUUAUAGGAGGUGGCUCUUUUGGUUCAGUAUAUUCAGCAGUUAAUUUGGAUACUGGUGAUAUUCUAGCCGUCAAAGAAAUUAGGUUCCAUGAUAGGAAGUCGAUGAGACAGGUUUUCCCAUCGAUUAAAGAUGAAAUGACUGUUUUGGAAAUGUUGAACCAUCCAAAUAUCGUACAAUAUUAUGGUGUCGAAGUGCACAGAGACAGAGUUAAUAUUUUUAUGGAGUAUUGCGAAGGUGGUUCCCUGGCCAGCUUACUGGAACAUGGGAGAAUAGAGGACGAAAUGGUCACCCAAGUUUAUUCCCUUCAAUUAUUGGAAGGAUUGGCUUAUCUUCAUGAGUCGGGCGUGCAUCAUCGAGAUAUCAAACCGGAGAAUAUUCUCUUAGACUUCAAUGGUAUCAUUAAGUAUGUAGAUUUCGGUGCUGCAAAAUUAAUUGCUACAAAUGGUUCGAAAGUGUUAACGGAGGAUAAUGGUAGAGACAGUACCGAUAAGAUGAUUGGCACACCGAUGUAUAUGUCACCUGAGUCUAUUAGUGCUUCAGGUUACGGUAAAUUCGGGUCUGACGAUAUUUGGUCAUUGGGGUGUGUUGUUUUAGAAAUGGUGACUGGGAGAAGGCCUUGGGCCAACUUGGACAACCAAUGGGCUAUAAUGUACCAGGUUGCUGCAGGUCAAAUUCCAAGCUUUCCAACCAAGCAUGAAAUGUCUCCUACCGGAAUUAAAUUUUUAUCUAGGUGUCUGAUUCAAGACCCUAACAUGAGAUCCAGUGCUGUAGAGUUACUUAUGGACCCUUGGAUUGUCGAGAUUAGAAAUAUUGCAUUUGGAGAAGACGUAAAUGAGGAGAUAUUCAGGGAACGUGAUGAUACAAAAGCUUCAACAUUGUAG